AGAAACUGAUUCUUGAUGGGAAGAAAAAUCUUGUUUAGUUUUUCACUUAUUUUUUUAUGUGUGGGAUUUUCACUAACUUUGGACCAGAUAUUUGCCAGGAAGAAUGUAAGUUUUUGGACACCUGCAAAUAAAGAAGUAGUUACAAAGAAUGAUCAACAGAAUAAUGGGGAUAUGAAACGAAUCCAGAAUUUAAAAAUACCAAUCACACAGGAUCUCAACUACAAUCUGAGUGAAGAAGGGCAUUUAGAAAAAGAACACUGGAAUGCAUUCAGUCAUCACAGCCCAGUUAAUGUCUCCAUUGGUGGAAUUCCCUGCAUUCUCUUCUGGGCCAAGAGAAUCACAGUUAAAUUUAAGAAUCAGACCUGGCUGGACUUUACAGAGGAAGCAUUUGGCCAGAAGGCAAUUGUGGACACGGGCAACUCAAAUUGCAGUGAAGAAAGUGCCAUGUUGUCUCUGAAGUUUGGUGAUGCUGGAAAUCUCAAAGGUCUUGAUAUAAGAUUCAUCCUUGCCAAUUACAACAAGUUGUCCAUGCAGAGUUGGUUUAGUCUGCACCGCAUAGAAAUUUUUUUCAACAAUUCAAUCCAAGCAACUUUUAAUGCAACUGGCAUACAUGCUCCAUCCAGUUUUUCCUACCACUGUCACCGUGUCAGCAGCCUGCAGUUGUACGAUGCUCUCUUGUCGCCCAGCAACAUGGAUGAUUCGUCAAGCCUGUGGGAGGUAACUUUUGUUGAUUUCCAGAUCCAGGGUUUUACCAUCAAAGGCCGACAGUUUGCUAAGGCCCGAGACUGCGCCCCUUCCUUUUCACCAGCCAUUCUGAUCGGCUUGGCAAUGUCUCUGAUCCUCCUGCUGGUGCUGGCCUACGCCCUGCACAUGCUCAUCUACCUGCGCUAUCUGGACCGGCACUAUGAUUUCAUCGCCUCUCCUGCUCGCUUCCCGCAACUGAAAGCUGGAGAUGCUGCAGAAGAGAAGGAGCUCCUGAGGAGCCAGGGAGCUGAGUGCUAUGAACUGCGAAGCCAAAAGAUCUGCAAAAUUUAUGUUUAAUAGCACAGGCUCUCUCUCCCUCACAAUGUCCCCAACAGGCUCUAAAAGUUAUUUUGACUCUUUGCUGUUUGACUUGUGAAUUAAAGGUUUUCACUAA